UGGCAACCUUCCGGUAGCGCUUCCGGUUUAUGGGGUGAUCGGGUAGCAUCACACACACACACACACCGGCUACAGAGAGACAUCCAAAAACUCAAACAGCAGCAACAUGCAAAACGAACCGGAGGAACCGGAACCGCGCCCUGAUGAAGAGCUGCACGAGGAGCUCCGGAGGUUACAGGAUGAGAAUGAAGCUCUUAGAACAGAGAUUCAGGAGAUGCGUGUGGAGAUGGAGGAGAUGCAUGAUGCCUUUUAUGAAGAAGAUACCUGCCGGUUGCAUGAGCUGCGGCGAGAGCUGGAGCGAGCCAAUAAAAACUGCAGGAUCCUUCAGUAUCGUGUACGCAAAGCUGAGCGCAAACACCUGCAAUACACUUCAGGUGGAGAGAUCAACGAGGAACUGCUGAGGAACCUGGAACAGGACCUGAAGGUGGCAAAGGACGUGUCAGUGAGGCUCCACAAUGAGCUGAAGAACGUGGAGGAGAAACGCACAAAGACAGAGGAAGAGAACGAGAGACUGAGAGAGAAGCUCAUCCAGCUGGAGGUCAACAAGGAGACGCUGCAGAACGAGCUGGAGAGAGCCAAAGAGAAGAGGAGAGGCAGUAAAGAUGCUCAGAGGAGUGAGAGGAAGAACACUCAGACCCCCAGUGAAGAGGACAGUGAGGAUCUGAAGUGCCAGCUGUCCUUCAUUAACGAGGAAAUGACACUCAUGAGGAAGAAGAUGGCGAAGCUCGACAAGGAGAAGGAUGACGCAGAGCAGGAGCUGCAGAAGUAUCGCUCAUUUUAUGGUGAUUUUGACAGCCUCCAGUUUAAAGGUGAAGCAGUAGGCCCACCCACUGCCCGUCAAUCAGAGCUGAGGCUCCGCCUCCGACUGGUGGAGGAGGAAGCCAACAUCCUGGGGCGCAAGAUCAUCGAGCUUGAGCUGGAGAACCGAGCUCUGAGGGCGGAGAUCGAAAUCCUGAGAGGUGGAGAAGAUCUGUCUCCAGGAGCGACAGAGGGUGUGGCUGAUGUAAAUCAAGGGGAGGGGCUUUCUGAACUAAGGCAGCAGCUGCAGCUAGUGGAAGACGAGGCAGAAUUACUGAGGCGGAAUUUGGCAGAUGCGGAGGAGCAGAACAGGAAAGCGAAGAGCGAGCUGAAGAAGCUGAGGCUUAAAGAGGCAUCGAGACAUGCAGCAGAGGGUGGAGCUUUAUCAUCAGAGGAUGGGGCUGCAGCUAUGGAGAUGUUGAAGGAGGAGCUGAAAGCAGCUCGGCUGCAGGUGAAUGAACUGAGUGGGAAAGUGAUGCAGCUGCAGUAUGAGAAGAGAGUGAUGCUUAAUAAACAGAGUGAUGACAGAAGAGAAGAAAAAUUAGGACGAGGAGAAGAAGGAAGAAGAGAAGAAGCUGGAGGAGGUAGACAAACAGGAGGGGAAGAAGGAGCAUUAGAAAAUAAAAAAGAACAUGGAAAAGAAAGCAGAGGAAGAACAGAAGAAGAAGGACAAGAAAAAGGAGGAAGUUUGGGUGAAAGAACUACAGCAGAUGAAGCAGUAAAAGAAAGAAAAGAACGAGGAAGAAUAGGAGAACGAGGAGGAAGUGAGGAAGAGAAAGAAGGAAGCGGAGCAGAUGGACGUGGAGAUCAUGGUGGGGGAGAAAGAGAAAGAAGUGGAGGAAAAGACAGAGGAGGUAUAGAAGGAGAAAGCGAUGACUCCUCCUCUUCAUCACUCCUCCCUCUUCAUCAGAAGCGUGAAGGUCCCAUUGGGGGUGAAAGUGACUCAGAGGACAUGCUACACUCAUCUGUCUCUCCUCAUCCCCUCAUCCGUCGCUCUACUCCUCCACUCCUCCCUCGCUCACCUCGCGAGCGCCAGCGCAUGACGGAGAUCCGAGCCGAGGCAGAGCGACUGACGCACACCAUCGAGCUGCUCAUCGCUCACACGCAGGAGUUUGUGGCCGACAGAGAGCAGGCUGGAGUAGAGGAUGGUGACGAUGAAGACGUGAGGACACGUGAACGACAGCUGCUCCAUCGCAUCGGCACGCAGAUGAACGAGUUCAGAACCGAGCUGCAGGGGUUCAUGGGGGUUAUAGAGAGACUGGACAGGCCCAAACGGGAGGAAACACAUUCAGAGGAGCGACUAUCUAUGUUUCAGCCGCUCAUUUUACUCAUCCUCAUCCUCCUGCUCGUCUCCUCGCUUUCUUACGCUACCAUGUUCAAACUCUUUUUUCUUUUCACCCUCUUUUUCGUGCUGUGAUUUCUCCGUCUCAUCCUUUCGUUAGCAGACCUUUUGUCCUUUUGUUUUGUUCGUAUGUAGAUGUUGUGCUCGUUUUCCGUUCAUGCAGAAUUACAGGAGGCGUGCUUCUCAAGAAACCCGGGACCGUGACCCCCAGAAUGGACACAGGACUGCCUUUCCCCGAACACUAUACUGACCAGAGCCACUGGAACUUCAUUUACAAAGACAGCGUGCCUUUCAUUUCAGCUAGAAUGCAAAACCUAAACUUAACCAGAUGGAGUACCAAAGGAGACUACAUUACCCAGAAUGCACUGCUGGCACUGCGGAUUCUUUUGUCAUUUUGUCUUUGUUUUCCCCAACAACAUGCUCAUUGAAGCACAUAUGCAAACAAAAAGUGCUGUCUGUGGACAUUAGGACAGAAUUUCCCAGAAUUCCUGCUGCUUCCUAAGGAAGACUCUGGUUGUUUCCAGAGGUGAGUGAACACAUGACUGGAAAACACUCAGCAUUUCUGUGAGGAGUCUCCAGUGUCAGUGCUGUGUAUCAGUCAGAGGUGAAGCUGGAACGUGAAGUUUUUCCCAAAUCUUCAGGACAGAGGAGUUUAUACUUCUUUGCGGUUUAUCAGUAACAUGACAAGCUGAGAGUUUUCUCUUAUUAACUUGAAGAGAGAGAAUAAAGAGAGACUGAUGAGGGAAACUCUGUUUAUAUUCUGUUUCUAUUGCUGAUAGAACACAAGAGACACCAGGAAGUCACCUGUCUCAUGGACGCUCCACAACUUCAACUACAAACAGAGAAAAAAAUUAAGUUGUUCAUUCAUAAAUAAAUCUUUGUAAUCCAAAGCAACUGUGUGAUGUAAGAGGAGAAAAUCCCUUUUUG